GCCUCUCCAGUCAGUUCUUCUUCACAGCUCCGCUCCCCACGGCCCCUCCCGCUCCCUGGGCUCGGUUCGUUUCGCGCGGAACCCUAACCACCGCCACGACCGGGGCGGACGGGAAGAAGAAGAAGAAGAAGAAAAAAAUCCCCCAAAUUCCCAGGCCUCCCUCCCUCCCCCUUCUUCCCCCUCCCCCCGCGUCGCUUUCGCCGGACACCACCACCUGCCGCUUUCCCCUCGCGCGCCUCCACCUCCCCCGCCCCGCCCAUCUCCUCCGUCCCUUUUUGACCCCGAUUGGGAAUCCGCAUCCGGCCCUGCGGCGGCAUUCAAUUCCCCUGCGCUGCCCUGCCCUGCCCCCCGCGAGCACGCUGCCUCCCCUCCCCACCCCCGCGCGCGCCCGGCCCUGAUCCCGCGGCCCCGGCGAGGGGAGACCGGCGCCCUCCCGAGACCGCCGGUGCGUCCGUCCCCCCGUCCCAUCGCUCAGUCAGGUUCGCCGCUUGGUUUUCCGUUCGGGUGGAAUGGUUCGCCGCUGAAUUCGGUGUGGUUCCCGGCCGUCGCGAGCUGCUCGCGGCGCGGAGGGUGCUGCUUUGCUGAGCUCGUGUUCACAUGAUGUAUCAUGCUAAGAAUUUUUCUGUGCCCUUUGCUCCGCAGAGGGCUCAGAAUAAUGAGCAUGCAAGUAAUAUUGGAGCUAUCAGUGGAGCCAACAUAAGCAACCCUGCUAAUCCCGUAGGAAGUGGGAAACAACGUCUAAGAUGGACCUCAGAUCUCCAUAAUCGCUUUGUGGAUGCCAUCGCCCAGCUUGGUGGACCAGAUAGAGCUACACCUAAAGGGGUGCUCACUGUGAUGGGUGUUCCAGGGAUCACAAUUUAUCAUGUAAAGAGCCAUUUGCAGAAGUAUCGCCUUGCAAAGUAUAUACCAGAAUCUCCUGCUGAAGGUUCAAAGGACGAAAAAAAGGAUUCGGGUGAUUCCCUCUCUAACACGGAUUCUGCACCAGGAUUACAAAUCAAUGAAGCAUUAAAGAUGCAAAUGGAGGUUCAGAAGCGGCUACAUGAGCAGCUCGAGGUUCAAAGGCAAUUGCAGCUGAGAAUUGAAGCUCAAGGCAGAUACUUGCAAAUGAUCAUAGAGGAGCAACAAAAGCUUGGUGGAUCAAUCAAAGCUUCUGACGAUCAGAAGCUUUCACAUUCACCUCCAAGCUUAGAUGAGUACCCCGAAAGCACGCAGCCUUCUCCCAAGAAACCAAGGGUAGAUGCGUUGUCACCGGAUUCAAAGCGCGAUACGACUCAAGCAGAAUUCGAGCCCCAUCUGAUUGGUCCAUGGGAUCAAGAAAUCUGCAGGAAAAACCUAUGCGGUGUUGCAUUCCCAGUGGAGGAGUUCAAAGCAGACCCUGGUAUGAGCAAGUCAUAAAGCAAAGCCUUCCUUGACGGGCAUUCUUCAUAGUUGACCUCUCCACUAGAUGAUCUCAUUCGCAUGUGAAUAUAUAUCAUCUUAACAACAGAAUGUUGUCCGGAUCUUCCGGAUCUGCACCUGAUCCUUGCAGCCACGGCCAGUUGUUGUUGUCACGGUAGUAUUCAUCAUACAACUCUUGUAAUUAUGAGGAUGGUGUUACAAAGUUUCUAGCCAGCAUUUCCUUAGCCCUUAGUUGAACCAUGUAGCAAGAAAGAGGACUUGUUUACACGCAAUACAUUUGCUGUGAAGAGGGCGCGCCCCUUGAGCUACCUGAAGCUA